UAGCCAGCGCCAGCGAUGACGUCAUCAGCAGCUGCAGGGGCGGCGGUUCCUCGGAUCAAGCUGGGCUCCCAAGGGCUGGAGGUCUCGGCCCAAGGCCUCGGGUGCAUGGGCAUGUCCGCCUUCUUCGGGCCCCCGAAACCCGAACCCGACAUGAUCGGCCUGAUCCGCUUCGCCGUCGACGUCGGCGUCACGUUCCUCGAUACCUCCGACUUCUACGGCCCCUUCACCAACGAACUCCUCCUCGGAAAGGCUUUGAAAGGGGGGGUGAGGGAGAAGGUGGAGCUGGCGACCAAAUUCGGGAUAAAAAUGGAGGGGGACACGAGGGAGGUGCGGGGAGACCCCGCGUACGUGAGGGCUUCCUGCGAGGCGAGCUUGAAGAGGCUGGACACCGCCUGCAUCGAUCUCUACUACCAGCAUCGCAUCGACACUCGAGUCCCCGUCGAGAUCACUAUGGGAGAACUUAAGAAACUGGUUGAAGAGGGAAAAAUAAAAUACGUAGGAUUAUCUGAGGCCCCGGCGUCAACAAUCAGGAGGGCACAUGCUGUUCACCCUAUAACUUCAGUCCAGCUCGAAUGGUCGCUAUGGUCAAGGGACGUGGAAGACGACAUAAUCCCAACUUGUAGAGAGCUCGGAAUAGGAAUUGUGGCAUACAGUCCUUUGGGGAGGGGCUUCCUAUCUUCUGGACCUAAGUUGCUCGAAAAUCUAACAGACGAGGAUUUCAGAAAGUACUUGCCGAGGUUACAGCCAGGGAAUUUGGAGCAGAAUAUUACAUUAUUUGAAAGAGUUAGUGAGAUGGCUUCAAGAAAAGGAUGCACCCCUUCUCAACUAGCAUUAGCCUGGAUUCACCACCAAGGAAAUGAUGUUUGCCCUAUACCUGGAACUACUAAGAUCGAGAACUUGAAACAAAACAUAGGAGCACUCUCUGUUAAGCUGACAAAGGAAGAAAUGGUACAGCUCGAAUCUUUUGCUUCUGCUGUUAAAGGCGAUAGAUAUCCUGCGACGAUACAGACUUGGAAGGAUUCAGAGACCCCACCUCUUUCUUCAUGGAAAAGUGAAUAGAAAGUGUUGCCUUCUAGUUUUCUAUAUCAAAGCUUGCGUCCUGUUAGUUAGUAGUAAUAAGAUCGUUGAGCCCUACUUUGCAUGUGGUGUUGAAUCAGAGUUGUGUAUGAAUUGCCAGAACUAUCUUCGUUAAGCUGUUUGUAUUUGGUUUGUAAGCAUAAUAAUGGGAGAUGUUUUUGCUAGGACUUGUUUAUAGCAUAUAUUUUGUUGUUGCUGUUAUCUACUGUGAUU